UCCAGCUAACCCUCAUAGUUUUACCUCGCGCUACGCACGUCACACACCCCAAGAAUUCGAUGAAAUCUUUCAUUUCAUCUACGCGAUUCUCGAUACCCCAUCCAACCCUGUGUGGACACGAUAAUUUCAAUGAAAGAGAAAAAAUGCCGGUAGAAAAUCGGAGGUUCAAAGUAUCAAACUUCUUAGCUCGACGCAUUAGCCAAGGAAAGUUUGACCGCCGCGAAACAGUUUAUGCCUUCAGGAAGCACCCGGAUUCGGGAUGACAUCCUUGACCAGAAGGUGAACGCGGUGUAUAAAGGAGCCCAAGCACGUAGGGGCGGUUUGCCGGUCACCUCGUCAUGUGAGGGAUGUCCGGCAGCUCCACCUCGUCCCGUGUUCAGCUCCUUGUGAGCCAACUGCCUCUGGAAUACUGAUGAUUGUAGAGCGUUGGGAUCGAUAUACUAUCUGAAAACGAUGGCGAUGACUGGAUCUCGAAAUUGCACGUCUGGGGUUUAUUGAGAUGCACGCGUUAUACGCCUAUUGAAAAAUCGAUGGACUUUUUCUACGGAGAUGUCGAAUUUUAUGUUAAUUCGAAUUCGGAAACUUGCACCCUUGCGUACGAGGAAGUUGAUCGAUCUUAUUGUCUACGUUCGAGAAUCGUUCGAAGACAAAAAGGUUGGAACAGAAUCCCGGCGCAUAGAGUGAAGAAGCGAACUAACGUUAACCAAACUAUUCUAGAUUUCCGUCUCAUCCUGUUUCGAAAACUACUUGGAUUCUGUAAACAACCGGCGUCAUUAUCCGGAACCUUAUUGAAAAUUCGACGUUUAAUGAGCGUAGGAAAAUUUGUAACGAGAUCAGAUCGAGAGUACAUUAACGAAUCGACGUACGAUGGGCAAUUGAAAAUCUACCGCGCGAUGCACUUCGCUGUAAAAUACGUACACGCAUUCUGAGCCUGCGAAUAGAAUGCUAGACCAAAAGCAAUUUACAAUUAGCGAAAUUCCUUGGUGAAGUACUAGCACCGGUGACGUUUGAUGUUUUGUUAUUCGUAAAGGUGAUAUACAUUACAUUCUAAGAUAAAACUAGUUUUGUUUGAUUGGCGGUCACACCAUCGUUAUGAUAACCAAGCUAAUUUUAUUGUUUAUAACGAUUAGUAAACAACGUACGAUGUCGUUACGAAUGAACACCGAUAAUCGAUUUAUUGGCGGUUCGGAAAAUAGUCUUAGUCCAAGCUGGACCGUCAAUCACGUCGGUUUCUCCAAGUUUAUACAUAUACCACCGACGACAAAAGCAGAGACUUGCAGCUCUCCAGGGACAGAAUUACAUAAAUUUUAUUAGUAGAACACGACUAAUACGAUAAAAUGACGCUGCGCUGGAUUAUUAUGAUCGGUACAUUUUUGUCUGUGAAUACCAAACCGUACAUGAAGAAAUUAUCUUUUGAGGGAUGUAAGCACGACAGUUGGCGCGUCACGGACAUUUCCCUGAUGCCCAAGGGCGACCAAAUUUACGUCGUCGCGGACGUAGGUUACGACAAGAACAUAUCCAACAUAUUGCAUCAAAUUACGUUCACACUUUCCGGCUGUAACGAAUAUUACAAAUGCACCAGUCACUCGGAAUUUGUUGCCAACGACCUUGACUGCCUUGGAAAAAAUCUUACGCAACUUGACAAGGAAGCUUGCGAUGUUGCAAAGACACUGGCCGAAUGGGAAAUGGAUACUGAUAUAACCGGGGCAUUGAAUGGCAAAGAGAGGGUCCGUUUUUGCACACGUCACCGAACACCGAGCCUUCUUUAUAGCGUAUAUCCAAGGAAGUAGUCUGCCAAGUGUCGCUGCGGUCCCGUCGUUUCAUUGGCCCAUCGCCUCCCAGAAUCGAAGCCCUCGUCUUUUUUCACGAAAUUAAGUCAAAAUCUAGAAACUUUCACAGUUCGAAGGGCGGGUCUCAAAGGACAAUCCCUGCACCAUAAUAAUAAAUGAAUUGACAAUCGUGAAGAAAUGUCACGCAUUUCAUUCUCAGCAUCGGAAUCCAUGUCGCGCCCUGGUUCACGGAUUUCGAAAUGGUUCUUCAAACGUUUUUCAUCGAGGCGGUAGCUCUCAGCUUCUGUUGUAAAAAGUGAAUUUAUCAUAUGACAAAUGGGUCAAGGAGUUGUACAAAAUUGUUCCCGCAACGGACAUGUAUAGGUAUUAGUACCUAUGUACCAUGUAACGUCGCGUUUUUCUCGGGCGAUGCCGGAUCGAAUGGAAAUAGAAAAAAUCUGGUAAAAAUAAAGGGAUGAAAUGAAGAUGGCGACGGGGACGGAGAAGGAUAAAAAACAGGGGGGAACCCACAGCACACGUCACGGACAGUCACUACCGACGCCAGAUACUGGCUACAUUCCCGCAAACCACAUUAGUUCUGCUCCACGUGGUUCAAGUGCAGCGAAGGGGCGGCUGAAAGGGGUCGGAGAGGGACCGACCGAUACGAGGGCUGCACACAGAGGAGGGUGCAUCUCAUCGCAUUUGUUACUUUAUUUGUUGCCUGCCUGCUUCAAGAAAUCUCGUUUCUUCCCCUUUGGUAGGCACGGAAGUGCCACCGGCGCGUAUUUACGGACCUGUACGAUAUCAUCCAAAGUUUUUCUGUUUCUUUUAUUUUUUUCAUUUUCUAUAUAGCUUUCUUACGGCUCAUUCCACUCCCCAUACAUUAUUCAUUACAAAACAUAUACGCCGUAUGUAUAAUAUUUUUUUCUAUUUAUUCCGUCCGCAUGCGAACAUCUCCAAAUGGUGCAUCGAAAAUUUACCGCUAUCGCUUCCGCGUCACGAUAUACCGAAUCCUCGAAUACGACUUCGAAAGCCUCCGGGUAUCCGUCGACUAAAAACGCGGGGGAGUGCAGGUUCCGUCGAUAAAAUUCACUUAGCUUUGAUCGCGCUGUAAUUUGAAGGAAAUGAAAAAUGUAUUAACACAGUUUGUCGAGAGACACCAGAGGCGGAAGGAAACACCGAUAUUCUCAGUUGCAGUUGAAUUUUCUGCAAAUGGGUAAACAACAGUCGACGACGUAUCAUUGCGAACGUUAUAGAUUUUGUUUGCAGAACGAGUUUUGAGUUUCACGACGCAGAUAGUAACGUUGCCGCAAGGAUUCCCGCUCGCAGGGCGGAAUUCUACUUUUGAUCUUUUUCAUUUUAUCGCCCGCCUCAUAUCUCGAGUGUCGCUGUUACGGACGGUAAUGUAGUUUCAAUUGCAUAAAAUCUUGAAACCGCAGAGUUGGCGAGCGAGAUUACAGCUGGUAGGAAACGUCCCAAUGAAGAUUCAUGAAAAUGAGAUUCCCAUUUCAAAGUAUGUUCCAGGUAGGAUUCUUAUCCUGGUUAUGGCCGGGUUUCAAACGGAUUGAGGUCGUUUAAGGAGACCUCAAAGAGGAAACACGGACCGGUUAGUGGCAUGCGGAAACGGUUAUAUCUAUACAAACUAACCUUGUACAGCGGCAAUUACUCUACAUACCUAUAUACAUUCGCGCUAAAAAAUUUGCAAAUAUACAACACCAAUUCCAGCUAAAAUUUUCCACCCAAAAUAACAGAUAUAUAUAUAGCUUUUGA